AUGAGAUAUGUGUUAAGAUCCAUCGCAUUAGGUCGUGGGCUUCGCGCACCAAGUAGAAGUUUUAUUAUUGGUCCAACUCGUCAGUUUCCGCUAGCAGUGGCUCCUCGUUAUUACUCUCAAGAAACUCCGAAACAAAAACAGCCAGUACAGCCACAACAACCGUCAACUGCGCUACAACAUCAACCUAAACCAGCUCUUCCGGUUAAGAAAGAAGCUGAACCAAAGCUAUCACUGUGGGCUAAAGUUAAACAUGAAGCUCAGCAUUAUUGGGAUGGUACCAAAUUAUUAGGUCUCGAAGUUAAGAUCGCCAUGAGAUUGGUUAUGAAGAUGUCAGCUGGUUACGAACUAAGUCGUAGAGAAAAGAUUCAAUUGAAAAGAACUACUCAAGAUAUGAUUAGACUAGUGCCAUUCAGUGCUUUUGUCAUUGUCCCAUUUGCUGAACUUUUGUUGCCAAUUGCCUUGAAACUUUUCCCAAAUCUUUUGCCUUCCACUUACGAAUCUAAGAAAGAUAAACAAACUAAGCUUGAGAGUCUUAGAAAGACUAGAUCAGUUAUGUCUGAAAUAAUCAAGGAAAACAAAUCCCAUUUCAAGCCAAGUAACAUUACUGAGGAACAAAAGUUGGUCUUUAAUAGCUUUUACAAGCACGUUAGAGAAACUGGUGAACCAGAAUCACGUGAACAACUAAUCCAAGUAGCACGUCUAUUUACAGACGAUACUGUGUUGGAUAACUUGACCAGACCAUAUUUAGUCGCCAUUGCUAAAUACAUUAACUUGCAACCAUUUGGUACCGAUGUCAUGUUACGUUACCGUAUCCGUUACAAGAUGUUAGAGUUAAAGACGGAUGAUUUGGCUAUCUAUUACGAAGGAGUUGAAUCAUUAGACGCUAUUGAAUUGCGUACGGCUUGUGCUUCUAGAGGUAUCAGAAACUUGAACGUGGAAGAAAGUGUUCUACGUGAUAACUUGAAGAUUUGGUUAAACAUGAGGCUGAAGGAUAAGAUUCCAUCAACUUUACUAGUUAUGGCUACCGCAUACACUUACGGUGAUAUUGGUUCUAAGAAGACGUUGUAUGACGCCUUAUGUGACGUCUUAUCUGGUAUUCCAGACGAGUUGUACCAUGAAGUUAAGGUCAAUGUUGUUGAAGAGGAUUCUGCUACUAACAAAUCUAAGAUGGCACAGUUGAAGGAACAAGUGGAAAUCAUGAAGGAAGAAGAGCAACAAGAAAAGGAUGCAGUUGUUAGAGUUAAGGACGAACUAAGUUUAGAUGCUGUUGAUGCCAAAACUGUAAGUCAAACUGAAAAAGCUGCCCCCCAAGAUGGCGAAAAGAAGCCACAUAAUGCCAGAACCGAAAGUGAAUCCACCGAGGCCACUAAGAAAAACUAA